AUGUCUCCUAGACAAAGAAGGCGUGGAAAUAGAUAUGAAAAUGUCUGUGUUAAAAUUCCACCUAAUGAAACGGGACAAAAAAAAGCUCCAAAUGGCGAGGGGGAGGCCAAGUUCAACGAAUCUGAGACCAAUAUGCAGAAUGGUUCUAGGCAACAAAACAAAAAUAAUACUAAUGAAAUUUCGUUUUCCAACUCUAAAAGACCAAAUCUUACAGCUGCAAAUAAGGGAGUCCACCGAGUUUUAACGGAAGCCGAACUUGCAACCUUUAGAACAUCAUUUUGUGAUAGUCACCAAACAGGCCAAUGCCCUAACAGUGAUUCUUGUGACAAGUCUCACUGUUUAACUUGGCAAAGAAGAAAUCCUUAUCGCAUCCAUUAUUGCCCUCAACUUUGCCCUGAGAUUCAAUUUGUAAAGAGUUCAAAAAAAAUGGUUCUCUUCAGGCGUUGUACUAGGGGGAAACACUGUGCAUUUGCCCAUUCCAAGGAAGAAGAAUUGUAUCAUCCCCUAGUUUAUAAAACAAAACGAUGCUCAGCAUUUCCAAGAUGUACAAGAUAUUAUUGUCCAUUUAUCCAUUUUCCUGAAGAGGCUAGAAGUGGCAAGUGCGCUGAACAUAUGGAAUUAAUGAGGAUAGAGUUAGAAACCAAGGGGGAACUAGAUUCUUUUUCCGAAGAAACGCAACAACAGGGAUCAAAUGAAGCAAAUAACUUUACUGAAGAUUUACAAGCCGAAGGCUCAUCAUACCUCUCAUCAUUUGCAGAAGCACUUUCCACAGUCCAUGUUGAUCCUGAUAAUACUGGAAUUAUGGAUUCUACAUUUAGAGAUACUACAUUUGACGGAAAUAUGGAUUUCUCCCAGCCCAUGAGUUACGCAGAUUUAGUGAGAUCUGGAGGUCAAACUAAUUCCUGCAAUAGAGAUGGUAUGAGCAGAGUUGGUUAUAUCGCAUGCCCCCAAGAGAAUUUAAAUUUUGUGGUUUCUCAAGACCCUUGCUUACCAAUUGAUUCUGCUAUUGAUUAUGCCCCAGGGUUAUUAAAUUCUGAAAACAACAUCCUACUAAAUUAUAAUGAUUUACCACAACAAGAAAUGGGAUAUGCUCAAACAUCUUCUGGGGGUGAAGCAUUUUCUGAAAUGCUAGUCAAUUUUAUGAGUGAAGCGAGUGACCAGGAGGAGAUGGAACGAAUUGAUACAAAUGUUAUGGGUAAAAAUGAUCCUCAAAUUAAAAGCAAAUGGAUGCGAUUGAAUGAUGAAGAUUAUUUUAAUUCAAAAUUUGAUCAGGUAUUAUCUCUGAAUGGUGAAAAUUGGACUUGUGAGGGAAGCAUCUUCUAA